CGGCCGAGCGCCCGGAGGCGGCGGCGGCCCGAGCCGGGCCCCAUGGCGCGGGGGGACGCGGGCCGCGGGCGCGGGCUCCUGGCGCUGACCUUCUGCCUGCUGGCCGCGCGCGGGGUGCUGCCGUUACCCCAGGACACAACUGUGGAGCUGGGCUGUGCUGGGGGCCCACUGCGUGUGACCCUGGGCCUGCAGCAGGCCACCGUGUUGAACUGUGGUCUGGGCGCUGCUGCCUUGGGGCCCCCCAGCCAGGUGACCUGGAGCAAGGACGGGGAUGUCCUGCUGGAGCACGACCACCUGCGGCUGCUGCCCAAUGGCUCCCUAUGGCUGUCACCUCCCGAGGACAGUGAUGAGGUGGCCCCUGUGGCCACGGGAACCAUUGAAGGCAACUAUUCCUGCCUGGCCCAUGGCCCCCUCGGAGCAGUGGCCAGUCAGACCGCGAUGGUCAGUCUCGCUGCCCUUUCAGACUUCCCUCUGCACCCGGAGCCUCAGACGGUGGAGGAGAACGGGACUGCUCGCUUCCAGUGCCACACUGAAGGGCUGCCGGCUCCCGUCAUUACCUGGGAGAAGGACCAGGUGAUGCUGCCUGAGGAUCCUCGGCUCAUCAUCCUUCCCAACGGCGUCCUCCAGAUCCUGGACAUUCAGGACAGUGACGCAGGCUCCUACCGCUGUGUGGCUGUCAACUCAGCCCAUCAGCGCUUCAGCCACGAGGCCCCGCUCACUGUGGCCCGCAGAGGGUCCCUGGCGGCCACCAGGGGGCAGGAUGUGCUCAUCGUGGCAGCGCCAGAGAACACCACGGUGGUGUCCGGACAAAGCGUGGUGAUGGAGUGUGUGGCCUCAGCUGACCCCACCCCUAUCGUGUCCUGGGCCCGGCAGGACGGGAAGCCGAUCGCCACGGACGUCAUCGUCCUGGGCCGCACCAACCUGCUCAUCGCCAGCGCGCAGCCCCGCCACUCGGGCGUCUAUGUGUGCCGCGCCAACAAGCCCCGCACGCGCGACUUCGCCACGGCCGCCGCCGAGCUCCGCGUGCUGGAGGCCCCCACCAUCGUGCAGGCGCCGGAGGCACUGUCGCGGACCCGAGCGAGCACCGCGCGCUUCGUGUGCCGUGCGUCUGGGGAGCCACGACCCACGCUGCGCUGGCUGCACGACGGGGCGCCGCUGCGGCCCCACGGUCGCAUCAAGGUGCAGGGUGGCGGCGGCAGCUUGGUCAUCACGCAGAUCGGCCUGCAGGAUGCCGGCUACUACCAGUGCGUGGCGGAGAACAGCGCCGGGACUGCAUGCGCCGCGGCGGCCCUGGCUGUCGUGGUGCGUGAGGGGCUGCCCAGUGCCCCCACGCGGGUCACCGCCACGCCACUGAGCAGCUCAGCCGUGCUGGUGGCCUGGGAGCGGCCCGAGCUGCACAGCGAACAGAUCAUCGGCUUCUCUCUGCACUACCAGAAGGCCCGGGGUGUGGACAACGUGGAAUACCAGUUCGCAGUGAACAAUGACACCACAGAGCUCCAGGUACAGGACCUGGAGCCCAACACGGACUAUGAGUUCUACGUGGUGGCCUACUCGCAGCUGGGGGCCAGCCGCACGUCCACCCCGGCCCUGGUGCACACGCCCGACGAUGUCCCCAAUGCAGCACCCCAGCUCGCCCUGUCCAGCCCCAACCCCUCGGACAUCAGGGUGGCGUGGCUGCCCCUGCCCCCCAGCCUGAGCAAUGGGCAGGUGGUGAAAUACAAGAUAGAGUACGGUUUGGGAAGGGAAGAUCAGGUUUUUGCCACCGAGGUUCCAGGGAACAAGACUCAGCUGACACUGCAUUCGCUGCAGCCGAACAGGGCCUACAGGGUGCGGAUCUCCGCGGGCACCAGGGCCGGCUACGGGGCCCCCUCCCCGUGGAUGCAGCACAGGACGCCCGGGACGCACAACCAGAGCCAUGUCCCUUUUGCCCCGGCAGAGCUGAAGGUGCGUGCUCGGAUGGAGUCUCUGAUCGUGUCGUGGCAGCCACCCCCCGACCCAGCCCAGAUCUCCGGGUACAAACUGUACUGGAGGGAGGUGGGGGCCGAGGAGGAGGCUGAGGGCGAGCUGCGCCCCUCGGAGGUCCGGGGAGACCAGGCUUGGGACGUGGGGCCCGUCCGACUCAAGAAGAAAGUGAAGCAGUACGAGUUAACCCAGCUAGUUCCCGGUCGGCUGUACGAGGUGAAGCUUCUCGCGUUCAACAAACACGAGGACGGCUACGCGGCGGUGUGGAAGGGCAAGACCGAGAAGGCACCCACGCCAGAUUUACCUGUCCAGCGGGGGCCACCCCUGCCUCCCGCCCACGUCCACGCGGAAUCCAACAGCUCCACAUCUAUCUGGCUGCGGUGGAAGAAGCCGGACUUCACCACAGUAAAGAUCGUCAACUAUACCGUGCGCUUCAGCCCCUGGGGGCUCAGGAACGCCUCCCUGGUCACCUAUUACACCAGCUCGGGAGAAGACGUCCUCAUCGGCGGCCUGAAACCGUUCACCAAGUACGAGUUCGCGGUGCAGUCCCACGGCGUGGACAUGGACGGGCCCUUUGGCUCGGUGGUGGAGCGCUCCACGCUGCCGGAUCGUGAGUGCCGUCGCCACGCGGCCUCUCCUGGGCGGCCCUCGACGCCACCAUCGGACCUGCGUCUGAGCCCCCUGACGCCGUCCACCGUGCGGCUGCACUGGUGUCCCCCAACGGAGCCCAACGGCGAAAUCGUGGAGUACCUGAUCCUGUACAGCAACAACCACACGCAGCCGGAACACCAGUGGACGCUGCUCACUACAGAAGGGAACAUCUUCAGUGCAGAGGUGCACGGCCUGGAGAGCCACACGCGGUACUUCUUCAAGAUGGGGGCUCGCACGGAGGUGGGGCCCGGGCCCUUUUCCCGCCUGCAGGAUGUGAUCACGUUGCAGGAGAAGCUGUCAGACUCCUUGGAUGUGCACUCAGUCACAGGCAUCAUUGUGGGCGUGUGCCUGGGCCUCCUCUGCCUGCUGGCCUGCAUGUGCGCUGGCCUGCGCCGUAGCCCUCACAGGGAGGCCCUCCCUGGCCUGUCCGCCUCGGCCACAGCUGGGAAUCCAGCGCUGUACUCCAGAGCCCGACUUGGCCCCUCUAGUCUCCCUGCGGCCCACGAACUGGAGUCUCUCGUGCACCCCCAUCCCCAAGACUGGUCCCCACCGCCUUCAGACCUAGAGGACAAGGCCGAAGUGCACAGCUUUAUGGGUGGCAGCGUUUCAGAUGGCCGGGGGCCGUCCAACAGAAAGAUAUCCUGGGGUCAUCCGGGGGUACCAAGCUGGGCAGGGUCCUGGGCAAGCUGCGAGCUGCCCCAGGCUGGCCCCAAGCCCACUCUGACCCGAGCCCUUCUGCCCCCUGCCGGCACCGGGCAGACGCUGCUACUGCAGGCCCUCGUGUAUGACGCCAUCAAGGGAAACGGGAGGAAGAAACCACCCCCAGCAUGCAGGAACCAGGUGGAGGCCGAGGUCAUUGUUCACUCGGACUUCAGCGCUUGCAGAGAGAGGCCUGACCUCCAUUUCCAAGACCCGGAGCCUGAUGACCUGCAGCCUGUAGAGGCUCCUGGUUUCGCCUCUGGCAUUGCAGAUCUUGGGCAGGGGUCAGACUGGCUGAACCAGGAGCUUGGGGAGUGUGAGCAGGCAGCUGCCAGGGCAGACCGACUCACCUGCCUACCCGAGUCAGCCAGUGCCCUCCGUGCCUACCUGGACCUCCAGCCCUGCAAGACUCUACAGGAGGCACCUGGGGACAAUUGCCAGCCCACAGCCCUCUGCCCUCCAGGGGCCAGCCCAGACCUGCCUGGAGCCCCCAUCUCUUCCUCUGCUUAGGUCUCCUGAGAGGAAGGUACAGUUUGAGGGAGGCCAGUGCAGCACACGGGACACGGCACACAAACCCACGCAUGCACACACACGUACCCACAGAUAGCGUUAUUCACUUGGGAACUGCCUAGGAUGCUUUAGCUGGAGGCAGAAGAAUCGGAUUAUUGGCUCCUCCCUUGUCUUUGCAGCACAUAGGUGACAUGUGAGGGACACGUGAACCAUUGCUACCUGUGAUACACACGUGUGUGAAGCGUACAGCUUGGUGAGCUGGGAAGCCUUUGGCAUCCCCAGCAGUGGUCACUGUGGCCUGUCAACCCUCGGGGUGGCCUGACCCUGUCCUGUGGGCUCUGCCACACCAUCACCCAGCCUUUUAUUCUGCACUCUGAGAGUGUCUCCAGCACCUGUUUGACAGAGAGGGCCCCAGCCCGCUUCCUGUGCACGCAGGCUCCACAGGCCUCACAUUUUAGCUACAUUGCCCACAUGCCCAGCCAGACCUAGACGGAGAGGGUCUCCCUGGCCACCUUCGGGUGUGGCCUGCGUCUGAUUGUGUGCUUUGGGAAGUGCCUGGCUUUGGAAAUCUGCUUUCUCUUGCUCUUCUUUCCUUUCCCCUCAAUGUCUCCAGGCCACCUUGCUGUGCCAGUUCUGGUGCCAGCUCUGCUCCCUGGCAUCUCUCUCUCCCACUUUCUGGUUUCUCUCUCUGUUCUGUCUCUCCUGCCUCUCCUAACUACAACAUCUAAUUCUCCUGCCUGGGUUCAACGCCCCUGCAUCUUUCCCUAACAACAUGACUACCUCAUGUCUACUUCCAGGCCAUAGUGCACACCUGUGCCCCCUCCCCUGGGGCACCCCUGCCACCCCCUGUAGCUUGGGCACACCGAGCCCCCUCCCCAGGGUAGGUUCAUAGGAGGCCUUCCAGCUUCUCCUGCCCUUCCUUUCUCCUGGGGUCAGGAUGGGAAGGUCCUCCUUGGAGGGGUGAAUCAAAUCCGGGUCACACACGGGGGCGGGGCGGUUUUGAGACAGGACGUUUCCAUGCCCUCUAGGAAGGGAGGCAGGCUUGCUGCCCGGAGGAGGUUCUGACUUUUCAGUUUUCAGGAGUUCAUGCCCGGCGCCUUGAACCUGAUUAAGGUGCUGCAGGAAAAGGGUCACUGGCUCCUUUGGUUUUGUUCUUUUCUUUAAGUUGAAUCCUGCAAUUCUUUUCUACUGAUGUGCCAUGCAGGGACAGCUUGACUCUGUCUGCCCUGCUGUGAGAAUGAUGUCACUCACUGCGUUUCUCACCCCGGCCUUCUCAGGAGCGCAGACUGCAGGCCUCCUCUCCCUAACUCCUGGGUACAUCAAGAGUUAACUGGCUACUGGGCCAAAUUAGAAAUAAUCAAGCCUAUCUUUCUUUCCUUUCUUCCUUUCUUUUUUUUAAACGGUGAAACGUCAGUUGCAGACCCUGAAAGCAUCUGUGUUUAUUACGACCGGGUGUCACUCAGAGUUGACAUCCUCACCUACAUUUCCUCCUCCGCCCCUCCUCCAGCCAGCCUGUGAUAACACUAAAGAUUAUUAAUGUCGCUUUUGUAUCUCGUUAAAGACAGAAUUGUCACUUGCAUUGUUUCUGUGGCAUUCAGCUUGACUGUGGCCAGCACCACAAUACGUUUCAUCAUUGCUCCGAAGGUCAAAAGCCUCAUUUUAUUUUGCUGGUUUGAUUUUUUUUUUUUAAAGAAAAUAAGACUGCCCUGAAUUAAAUGGCUGUUUUAACAGUAGGCUCUUAGCGUUACACCACAUCGGUCAUUUUUCAUGUUCUUGUUUAACAGGCACUGAGGUUCUGGUUUAAAUUAAAUAGCUGCAAAUGAGACAAUUUAUAACCCAUUAGGUUGGGUGGAAAAUUGUUUCUCAAAAGCAAAUAAGUCAUAAAUCUGGUAUCUGCCUAUAACUCACAGUUGAUAAGAAAGUGGCCAUUACUUAGGAGCAUUAUAUAUGAUUUGGGCUCUGGGUAAUUUGGAAGUGUUAGGUUUGUGUCUUUGUAGCAGUAUUUUUAUUAGAAAAGAGUCGAUUGGCCUUUUACAGGGUAUUAAUCCCUUUAUCACUUACCAUGAUGCCUUAAGUUUUUUGAGUCUCAUUUAAAUAGUUUUCUUUUCUUGAUGCAUGACAAGCGUAACUGGUCCCUGCUCAUUUAUUUGUCUGUAUUUAGUUUAUGCUGCAUUAUUUAAUUAUUUUUCCAGCAUCUCUUCCCCUCACGGAUAUUAUAUUCUUUAGUGUUAAGAAAAGGCGUUGAUCAUGUAUCUAUCCCGAUGAUGAAUUAAUAAAGUAUUUUCCAGAA